CGAUUAUCAGGAGUAUAACAAUGCUCAGGGUUCCCAGAACUUAUAAGGAAUGAAUGCUCGAGUACUCAUAUUGUUGAAUAAAAUCAUCUCAACCAAUUGCAAGCAAUGAAUGUAAAUUGCCCUUCAAAUCGCCACGUGAUUACGUGAUUUCGCGUCUGCCAAGUGCCAACAGAGUGGCAAGUAAGCGUCAUGGAUUGUACGAGAACUACCAAAAACACUCAUGGAUCGAACUAACUGCACGUAUAGGCAUGGCUAGUCCUGCCCUAGACGAAGCAGAGCAUCCUCAAAAUGCUGAGGAUAGUGAUUAUGGCUCCGACUUCUCACCGGAAGAAGUUGAGAUAGUAGAGAAAUUGUUGUUGCCGUUCCAUUCACUCAACGAAGCAACUGAGAUCGAAGACAAUCCGAUUGUGAAUGAAAUCGAGUAUCAUGAGUCGGAGCGCACCCUUCGCCUCCCUCGAGUUUUUGGAAAAGAGCAGAUUUCGCCUCUGCUUCAGGCCAUUCGUGCUGCGGAGAGGGUUGCUGAGCAGAUUAAUAAUUCAGUCGCGAAACGCGAGUACUAUCCUGACCGUGAGCAUAUAUUGUCUUCUCCAUUGCUAGAUUUCUGACUUACGCGGUAGCCCUCAGUGAGUAAUCAAAUAGCUGGUAUUGUGCCAGCUGCAUUCGAAUCGAUACUCACGAAUGGAGUCGAAUCAAAGACUGCAGAAUCUGCAGAACCUGUACCUCGCGAUGCACGAUCGCCCCUCGAACGAUUUCGUACCGCGCCGAGGAAACCACUCUCGGUGACGGACCUCGUGUCGCCUGCAUGGUGCGAGCUUCAAUACUGGUAUACAUUAACGAAACAUGGAAAGAAGAAACGAACAUCAGCUAUGAAGCAGGGUAGUGCUGUACACAAAGUCCUAGAAGAUCAAGUACAUAGGACUGUCCAGAUCGACAUCCAAACAAGGGAAGAUGCCUGGGGCCUACAGAUAUGGAAUGUGAUACAAGGUUUACGAACAUUACGGGAAACGGGACAAACGAGGGAAUUGGAAAUAUGGGGUACUAUUGAUGGAUUGGUGGUGAAUGGCGUUAUUGAUGAACUGAGUUACAUCUGUCCGGACACUGAAUUGGAGGAAACUUUACAAAAAAAGACCGAGAGGGAGAAGAAUUUGCCACCUUCAGAUCAAGCUUCUAUAUCGGAUUUCUUUAAAGCACCAGGAGCUGUUGCGGACGCGACACGGACAAGAAGGCGGGCUCGAUCGAACAAACUUUACAUUUGCGAUGUUAAAACCAGAGGUGUUCGCACGCUGCCGAACAACGCAUCCUUUCGCCCUACCCAGAUGCAGCUCAUGCUAUAUCAUCACCUUCUAUCCGAGCUUGCCACAAACAUGGUCAAUUUUCCUGCCUUGGCUGGUCGCUAUAGGUUGGACACAGCCAAAACUUUUUCAGAUGCAUUUAUUGCUCAAGUGGGUAGCAUGAACGAUGAUAAUGAGGAGAUGUACGAAGACGCUCUUGAGGAACAAGAUAAUUCCACGCCAGUUUCUAGUCAAGAUUCUAUUGGCGUUCUCCUUGCCCAUAACAAUCUCAACGCUCUUUGGUCACUCAUGAUAUCUGAAUUUCAAAUCACUCUCCCCGAUGGUGCUGAAUCAUUGGGAAAAGUGUUAAAAACGGAAUAUCGAUCACGAGAUAGUGGAGAGAUACUCGGAAUCAAGACUAUACCUAUGGAUAAUCAAGAAUUGAAUUCAUACCUAGAGGAAGAACUACGUUGGUGGAAAGGAGAAAGAGAAGCGAAGGGGGUUACAGUAGAAGAAGCAUUUAAAUGCAGGACUUGUGAUUUUGCGGAAGAUUGUGAAUGGAGGUUACACAAGGUUGAAGAAGCGACUGAGAAGGCUCGGUUGAGGAAGAGGAGAAAGAAAAGUGUUGUAUAGUUGCGCUCAUGAAUUUCUUUAAUAUCUGCAUGGCGUUUUCUGUGGGGUUGUUUGAAUAAAAGUCAUGACCUUAUAAAUGACCAAUGGUA